AUGGAGAGAAUCGCGGUCGAUUUUCUGGGGCCAUUACCCCGCACGGGGCUCGGGCAUGAGUACAUUUUGGUAGUCUGCGACUACUUUACCAAGUGGACGGAGGUGUACGCCCUUAGCGACCAGACUGCACUGACCACGGCGGAUUGCCUCGCCACAGAAUGGUUUACGAGGUUCGGCACACCGCUGCAGCUCCACUCCGACCAGGGGCGCAACUUCGAGUCAGGCCUCUUCGGGGAGACGUGUAAACUGUUGGGAAACAAAAAGAUGCGGACAACCCUCUACCACCCUCAGUCUAACGGACUAGUAGAAAGAUUUAACCGUACGGUGCAAGAGAUGCUUUCGAAGGUCGUUGGUGAACAUCACGACGACUGGGACGAUCUCCUUCCAUAUGUGAUGGCCACCUAUCGAGGAACGGUGCAGAAAAGCACGGGGUGUAGUCCCAAUCUGAGGUUGUUCGGACGGGAAGUAGGACUUCCCGUCGACCUGAUGAUAAAAAUACCCCCGGGGACUUUCCCGCCCGACUGCCCGGUGGCCUACGUUAAGUGGGUAAGGAAAACCACUGAAGAGGCGCGUGCCUACGCACGCGCUCAACUCGGGCAAGCGGUGGAAAGGCAGAAAAGGAACUACGACCGGCGGGUAGUGCCGGCCAACUUCAAACCGGACACGUGGGGCGAGAAUGCGCCGGCAAGAUGGCCGCUCACCGAGAGUGAAGACGCAGGCGACAGAGAAGACGGCGAUCACCACAAAGGUGAGAUCACCGUCGGCGACAUAGACGGCGAUCACCACGGGGGUGAGAGCACCGUCGGCGACACAGACUGCGAUCACCACGAGGGUGAGAUCACCGCCGACAGAGAAGACGGCGAUCACCACGAGGGUGAGAUCGCCGCCGACAGAGAAGACGGCAAUCACCACGAGGGUGAGAUCGCCGUCGACAGAGAAGACGGCAAUCCCCGCGAAGGUGAGAUCACCGUCGGCGACAUAGACGGCGAUCCCCACGAAGAGAAGACGGCAAUCACCGCGGGGGUGAGAUCGCCGGCAGCGGAGAAGAAACUGGAGUAUGGAAAGAGCCGCAUCCCAGAUGACGGCGACGACCGGCGGGGGAACUAG